AUGUUGAAGUAAGUUUUUAAAAUUAGUUUUUCUGUUUUUAGGUAUUUACGAAACUAAAGACUAUAAUAAAGGGUAAAAUCAAUAGAAAAGAAAUAUCGUUUUGGAAAAGUCUUGGCGUCUUGCAUUGAAAACGACCAUACUUUUUGACAUAAAAUAUGUUCUUUUUUAAAAGUUUUAACAGGUAUCCGACUAUAAAGUUAUGAGAUAUGGUAGAUUUAAAAAAGUCUUGUCGCUAAUUUAUAUGUAUUUUCACGAUUAAAAACGACAAGUAUUUUUCACAUUGUAAUGUAGCGGGCUUUUAGACUUAAGGGUUACUUUUUCUGCUUUAUAAUGUUGAUGUGCUUAGAAUUGAUUAUAUUUAUGCAAAUCAAUACAAAAGUCAGACUUUGGACCCAAUGAAAGACUACCAAAUUCGGUAAUAGUUGUCACGCAGUAGAUUUGACUUCGGCGUCUUUAUGCAAAUACAAUUUUUGUAUUCUUUUGUUCGUAUUGCUUAUUAAGUUUGGUUUAUUUUUAAUGAGGCUUUAUGUAUGUAAGACUUUGACUGAGCUUAUGUAAGCUAAUAUGAAAUGUAAAAGAAUUGGUAAAUGUUUGUCUCUUUCAAACUUUUGAUAUAGGAAAAUUGUAUAAAUAUAAGACCUUCAUAAGAGUACUAAAUUGCGCUUUCCAGUAAAUUUCAAGGAAACCGGGAUCAAAAAAUUACUUUUUGAAAAAACUUUGAGCUGAUCUUGAGAGGGGAAGUUUAGGUACUUUCUUUUUUUUUAUUUAUAAAACAAAGAGUAGUAUAACGCUUGAUAAAUGUACUAUAAAUUGUUAAUAACCGUGUUAUUUUAGCCAUGGUGUAAUGUCCUCAUCAACAUGACCUACUAUCCACACCUACAACAGCGUCCCUCACAGACAAGUAUACGAGUUCUGUCAGACCGAAUAAGUGUGUAGAUGCCAUUUUAAUAAGGCCGCUUCAAAGGCAGUGCUGUAAGUUUUUCAUAGUGUUCUUUUUUAGUGCUUUAGGUGAUUUGAAAGUUUUGAAGUGAAAAUAAGCUUUUUUAAGGUUUUACAACUUUUUUAUUAUUAUAUUGUUAGCUUUCUGUUUUAGUAUGGUUAGAUGGGGCAUUUUUGUUUGGAAUUCUUUUUCACGAUGCAUCUGUCAAUAUUCAUUAUCUUUUUGACAAAUUCUUUUUAGCCUUACCCGACCUUAACCCUGACUUUUUUCUUUGUUUGGAAGCCUAAUAUUCAUUACAAUUUUGACAAAAAAAAAAGAUAUUUUAAUUUAAAGUUAUUAACUAUGUGAAAGAUGAAGUGAAUACUAAUCUUUACAUCUUUUAAGUUAUUGUUUAAAAGAAAAUUGUUUUUAAUAAAAAGUCUUGUUUUAGUUAUUCUACAACUCACAGCAGAAUUGGCCGUAGUGUCAGCUCCGGUUCAAGAUGAAAAUUCCAUGGUUCCUAUUCGGAAAUAUAUUGCCUACAUUAUCAGAAAUCUGACUUGUGGUAAAUUUGAUGCAAAAAUGCUGUUGGUUAACAAUAUAGCAUUCAUGGAAUGCUUUGAUAGCUUCAUCAAGGGAUCUAUUUUAUUGAUCAAAGUGAGUUAA